AUGGCCUCCUUCCAAGAUCGUGCCCAGCACGCUGUUGCCCAGCUCGACAAAGAGCUCUCCAAGUACCCUCUUCUGAACAACCUGGAGCGCCAGUCUUCCGUUCCUAAGGUCUAUGUCAUCCUUGGCCUGGUUGGAGUCUACUUCUUCCUUGUCUUCUUCAACAUUGCUGGUGGCUUCCUCGUCAACCUUGCUGGCUUCGUUCUCCCUGGUUACUACUCUCUCCAGGCCCUCUUCACCUCCGGUACUGCCGAUGACACCCAGUGGCUCACCUACUGGGUCGUGUUCUCCUUCCUGACCGUUCUUGAGAGCGCCAUUAGCGCCGCUUAUUGGUUCCCCUUCUACUACAUCUUCAAGUUUGUCCUUGUUCUGUGGAUGGCCCUCCCCCAGACCGGCGGUGCCCAAAUCGUCUUCCACUCUUUCCUUAAGCCCCUCGUUGGCCGCUUCUUCUCCACUGCCCCUGGCACCUCCACCAACCUCCGCGCUCAGGCAGAGGCUGCUGCCAAGGCUCACUCCACUUGA